UCUGAUGUAUAUACCAGCUUGAUACCUUAAAUCGUUGUUUUCUCAUUGAAACAUUGCUAUAUUUUUCUGUAUACUACCAUCAUGCAAUCUCCACAUAUCAAAUAUCUUCGAGAAUGCCUCUCUCUGGCCGAAAAAUCCCCACCCCGCCCGACCAACUUUCGCGUCGGCGCCAUUCUCGUCUCCCGCAAAGAAGGCGAUUACAAGACUGAAGACGACCGGAUUGUCUCGACUGGCUACACAAUGGAACUCGCGGGUAAUACGCACGCCGAACAGUGUUGUCUGUCUAACUACGCCGCCGUGCAUUCCGUGCCAGAAGACCGCGUGUGGGAGGUAUUGCCAUCUGAACCAGAUCGAAAGCUAGUCAUGUACGUCACAAUGGAGCCAUGCGGGAAGCGACUGUCGGGCAAUCUACCAUGUGUACAGAGGAUUAUCCGGACUCGUCAAGGGGAUCGCAAGGGCAUCCAGAAGGUAUAUUUCGGGGUCAAGGAGCCGGGGACAUUUGUCGGUGGCUCAGAGGGGUGUAAGAUGUUGACAGCUGCCGGGAUUGAUUGGCAGGUGGUCAAUGGGCUGGAGAGGGAUAUCCUGGAGGUGGCGGUGGCUGGGCAUGAUAAUCGCGAAGAGGAGGUCAAGGCCGCUUUGGACACAGUUGAGACCAACCUAGAUGACAUCAGUGAUGACGAGCGGCGCAGACAGCAGGAAGCGCAAAGGAAUCCCAAGAAAAGAAUGGUGGAAGCCAACUUGCUCGGCUGAUCCAGCUGUCCUAGCACGAGAUACAUGCAAUAUGACGGAUCAUGAAUGCUAGAGAUAACGUAUUAUACAUACAUACAUACCUUCCUGAUACCGCAGCUAUGGUGGCCCCUCGCGUGAAACGCAGUCACAUGCCUCAAAAAUCCUGCCAGCCUUUCUUCCAAGCUCCAGAGUCAGCAGUUAUCCCUGCGCCGAGAAGGAUUUUAGUUCUCUG